UCUUUCUCUCGCUCUUUUUUUUCCCCCUCUGGGCCUUGCUCCCCCUCCCCCUCCCAGAAGCGCUAAAUAAGAGGGAACUUUUUCUCCAAGGGGGCUGCCAGUGGAAGGCCAUGAAUUUCGAAUUUGAGCGAGAGAUUGGUUUUAUCAAUAGUCAGCCAUCGCUCGCUGAGUGCCUGACAUCUUUUCCCCCUGUCGGUGAUACAUUUCAAAGUUCAUCAAUCAAGAACUCGACGCUUUCACACUCGACACUGAUUCCUCCUCCUUUUGAGCAGACCAUCCCCAGCCUGAACCCAAGCAGCCACCCUCGCCACAGCAGCGGCAGCCGCCCCAAGCACAGCCCCAAUGGCAGCGGCGGGAGCCCGGUGCCAGCCGGCGCCCUCCAGCCUCCGGAGUACCCCUGGAUGAAAGAGAAAAAAGCCUCCAAGAAAACUGCCCUGCCGCCCGCUUCGGCCUCCGCCACGGGACCAGCUUGCUUGAGCCACAAAGAAUCUCUGGAGAUCUCUGAAAACGGCAAUGGGGGAUCCAGGAGGCUGAGGACGGCUUACACCAACACGCAGCUUUUGGAGCUGGAGAAGGAAUUUCAUUUCAACAAGUACCUCUGCAGACCCAGGAGGGUGGAGAUCGCCGCUCUCUUGGACCUGACCGAGAGGCAAGUCAAAGUCUGGUUUCAAAACCGGCGGAUGAAGCACAAGAGGCAAACCCAAUGCAAAGAGAACCAGAACAGUGAAGGGAAACUGAAAGGGUUAGAGGAUCCCGAGAAAGCUGAAGACGAGGACGAGGAGGAGGAGGAAGAGGAGGAAGAGGAAAAAUCCCUCUUCGAGCAAGCUCUCCACAAUGUCUCAGGCGCGCUUUUGGAGAGAGAGAGCUACACUUUCCAGCAGAAUGCCCUGGCGCAACAGCAGGCGCCCAACGCCCACAAUGGAGAGUCCCAAAGUUUUCCAGUUUCGCCUUUAACCAGCAAUGAGAAAAAUCUGAAACAUUUUCAGCAUCAGUCCCCCACUGUUCCAAACUGCCUGUCAACAAUGGCCCAGAACUGUGCAGCUGGCCUGAACAAUGACAGUCCGGAGGCCCUGGAUGUCCCUUCUUUGCAGGACUUCAGCGUUUUCUCUGCAGACUCCUGCCUACAGCUCUCCGAUGCCGUCUCCCCCAGUUUGCCCGGGUCCCUCGACAGUCCUGUAGAUAUUUCAGCUGACAGCUUUGAUUUUUUUACAGAUACACUCACCACAAUUGACUUGCAGCACCUGAAUUACUGAAAAAUAACAGAUCUUCAUUCGCCGAGGGUUACGCAUUCCGUUCUUCUCCCUCUUCUCCCCUCACUUUUCUCUUCACCUUUCCCUUUUGCUGGGUUGUUUCCACCACAUACAUACGUCUUGAUUUGUUUUUCCCCUUCUCUGAUCAGUAUUUUCUGCUUUAUUUUCUGAUGUGUGAGGAGCCAUUUUUUGCCGUUUUCCCAUGAAAUUUUACUUGUGUUUGGUUUAACCUAGCCACAUUCUAGGUCCUUCUAUGAAAGCAAUAUAUAAGGCCUGUAAGAAAGUGAUCAUAUUGAAUUGUAUCUUCACUUUCUUUUUAUUUUUGUAUGACAUUAGGAUGCGUUGUCAUAAGUAUUUUUGGUAGAAUAAAUUCUUGUUUGCUAUAAGCACUUUCUCUCUCUUUCUCCCCCUCUUAAUUCAUAACACAAGGAGGUAUUGCCCCUCCCUUAGUUUGCAAUAAAGCCAAACAAUUUGGUCACA